UACUUGUCUUCAAGCUAAGCAUAGGAAAUACACUUCUAUGUAUGUCUGAAUUCGUUGCCAAUGCGUCAGUGAUCAAUGUACGUCCACUUGUGUCGGUAACAGUCGGUAACAAUGGUAAUAGUCAGUGAGCAUUGGUGAGCAUCAAUGUGCAUUGCAUUUGCGAUAGUGCUAUGAUGGCUAAUUUUGCAAAAACACAGCUUUUGAAAUAUGGUUGGACUGAAGGCAAGGGAUUGGGCAAAAAUGAAAGUGGCAUUGUCGAAGCCAUAAAACCUAAAUUAAAAUUUGAUAAUGCAGGUUUUGGACAUAAUGCUGCUGAAGAAUAUACAUGUAAUUGGUGGGAAUCUAUGUUCGACAAAGCUGCUAAAAAUGUUAAUGUUAAUUCUGGCAUCAACGGUGUUUCUGUAAAUACUGUUGAUAAAGAUGCUGUUCAUAUUUCCACCAAAAAAUCCAAUUUAAAAGCUAUAAAGAAAAAUCAUUCCUUAGGCUAUGGGAAUUUUUUAAAGACUUCAACCUUGUGUGAUGGUACAAUAACACCAACAAAUGAUUUUAAUAAGCCUAUUGAUCAUGAUUAUGAGAAAGAAACACCAUUUAGAAGAUUAACAGAUGAAGAAAUAUUUAAAGCUUGUGGAGGUAGAACAGCACAUAAAGGAGCUAGACAUGGAUUAAAACAAAGUGGAAAAUUGUCAAGGAUUGCAGAGCAAGAAAAAGAGUUGCUAGCAAGAAUGAAUGUAACUAGAAAAAAUGUAGAAGAAAAGGCACAACAGCAAUGUCUCUCUGAUAAAUUGAUAGUUAAAAGAAAAAGAGGUGGAGAUAAAACAGAGAGAGAGAUGAUUCUUGAAGAUAAUUCAUCAGAAAUUGACUACAAUGCAAAUACCAUACAGCCCGAGAUACUCUCUCUCUCGCAAAAACCUACCAAAGUCCCAAAAUAUAUAAAAAAAAAAAGAGUUACCCAAAUAACUGAUUUGACGCUGCAAAUGAAUGCAGUAUGCAAAAUAAUAGAAGCCAGUGCAGAACCUUUGCCCAGUUGUUCUUAUAAUAUGGACAAUAUUAAUAAAGUCCAAGAGAAGUCAUUGAGGUUGAAGGAAAAAAAAAGCAAGAGCAAGAAUAGAGGUGAUACUCAAAGUAAUGAUAAUAAUAGCGUCGUCGACAGGACCAGUAGUGAACCACGAGGGUCUCAAAGUGGACUUUCCAUUGAUUUAACGCCAAACAAAUGUUCGCUUGAAACGGAGACUGUAAAAAGACGAGGAGAGCCCGAGAGUGAACGCAAAAACGAGGAAUACGAACCACAGGCCAGUUGUUCGUAUAUCGCAGAUGCUGAAAAAAAAUGUAAUUCAAAACGGAAAUGUAGCCCGGAGAAGAAAGAUUUCGUCAUGUUCGAUUCAGAUUGUCCAGUGCCUUCUUCCACAGAGUCGAAAGCAAAUAAACAGCACGCAGCUUCGGCUGGGAAGCGGAAAAAAGCAAAAGCAAAGUCUACAAACAAUGUACAAAUUUUGACGGAUGAACUGGACAAUGGGUUGUCGCUGGACACAAGCAACUGUAGAGCGAAAAAGAGAUACAAGAGGGACUAUCGUUCUGACAUUCCAUUUCAUCUUCUAGAGGGAUACACGCGGACACUUCGUGACGCCCAGAACGGCGUCCCGUACACAGAAUCAUUCAUUGCACUUCAUGAAGCUUCACGAUUAAAUUCGAAAAUAUUGAAAAGAAAGAAAUACAAAGAACUCAGGAGGCAAAGGAAACAUUUGGAACGCCUGUCGGAAAAUCUAAUGGCCGUCAAUUUAAAGGGUAAUGGCGAACCUGAAUGCAAUUCUGAAUCUCAGACUACGUCUGAAUCCUGGAAUGUGGUAAGGUCACGUAAAAGUAAGAGAACGAAACUGGACAUGUUAUUGCGAGAUCUAAGGGCGGUCAAUCUGAAAUAAAUAUGUUCAGUCGUAUACAUAUUCAUUUGACUGUCUCUUAUCCUUUCUUAUUUUGUCAUUUACUUUAUUGAAAUUACAUAGAAAAAAGGAGAUAUGUUCCUUUAUAUGAGAAUGCUGGACGUUAAUACAGAAAUAUGCUAGCGUACUUA